UUAAUGACCAAAACGAUGCCGUAUGCAUCCCCCACUUUCAUGCCCAGCAUCCCAGACCUCUUCUUCUUUUUCUUCUUCUUCCAUGGCAGUUUCAUCGCGCCCUUUCUUCCUCUCUCGUCUCACAGACCUCUCACUCCACAACCCUCUCCACCCUCCAAAACAAGCGUGAACGAUGAAGGUUUGAUCCUGAUUUCGCUCCGGUGCAUUAACCUAAUCUGGCUCAAGCUUCGUGGAUGCCGUGAGAUAACGGAGGCAGGAAUGGCCGCUGUUGGUGAAAACUGCAAGGCGUUGAAGAAGCUAUCUUGCGCUUCGUGCGUGUUCGGCAUUAAGGGAAUCAACGUUGUCGUUAGCCGUUGCCAAAGUUUGGAAGAGCUCUCCGUUAAGCAGCUGCGUGGGGCCCACGAUGGCGAGGAGGUGGUUGGUUCCGGAACGAUGUCGGUGACUUCUGUUUGCUUGAAGGAGAUCGUGAAUGGCCAGAGCUUCGCACCCCUUAUGAUUGGGUUGAAAAGGCUUCGAUCUUUGAAGGUAAUUGGGUGUUUGGGAGAUUGGGAUGACACCCUUGAGAAGAUUGGGAACCUCCACGCUACGUUGGUUGAUGUUCAACUUGAGAAGAUUCAAGUUAGCGAUGUGGAUCUUGUGGGUUUGUCUAAGUGUUUGAGUUUGGACACUUUGCACAUUGUGAAAACCAUUGAGUGCUCAAAUGUGGGUCUCAAUCUAGUUGCUGAGAACUGCAGGAUGUUGAGGAAGCUUCACAUUGAUGGGUGGAGAACCAAUAGGAUUGGUGAUGAUGGUUUGAUUUCUGUUGCCAAACACUGCAUUAACUUGCAGGAACUUGCUUUGAUUGGUAUCUAUCCAACAUCUUCGAGCCUUGAGGCAAUUGUUUCCAAAUGCAAGGCUUUGGAGAAGUUGGCACUUUAUGGGCUUAAUACCGUUGGUGACGCUGAGAUUGAGUGUGUUGCCAACAAGUGUGUUGCGCUCAAGAAGCUUUGCAUUAAGGGGUGCCCUAUAUCCAAUGUGGGGAUUGAAGCUCUUGCUUCUGGUUGCCCCAAUUUGAUUAAGUUUAAGGUAAGGAGAUGCAGAAAGGUUACUGGUAUGGUUGUGGAGCGGGUGCGUGACCAUAGGGAGUCCUUGGCGUUUAGUUUUGAUAAUAGUGAUUAUGAAGCAUUGAAUGUGAGUCAAAUUGAUCAUGACCUUAGUAAGAAAGCAAGCACGUUCUUGCCAAAGUCCUCAUUUGACAAUAUGAGAAGGUGA